CUCUCACUUCUAAUAAAGCACCAGAGUCAACUGAUCGAAAGAAAGGAUGCUCGAAUAAAUUAACUGAACCAUAUGAAUUUCCAUGCAAGUCAAUCCAUCCAACUACAUUGCAGUUUCCUGAUCCUGCCUCGAGCAGGCAGAAAACACGUU